UGUGCCAACCUAACAUUACAUAACCAGACCAAGAAUGUUGUGGUGAAAGUGUAUUCGUAUUCUGACCACGCCAGCUGAUCAGUGAUCGUUCCCCGCCGGUGUGGCGUGAGUGAGUGACAGAGUUGGUGCGCCAUUCAUGUAUUCGGAUUGUUGUGGCCAAGUGCAGGACAGUUUCGGACAGAUUUUCCGCGCGGUUUUCGACACGCACGGCGGUUCUGUUAUCCUUAUCUUAUCGAUCGUCAUGUCAGUCGUCAGUGCCUUCGUUUGGACCGGCGGCAGAGAGCGACGAAAUCCAAGUGGCAGUGACAACGCCAAACACUAACUUACCCGUUUGUUUACGGUUUGGGUAAUGCCAGAAGACAAGAUGGUGGCGCCUUCACGUGGAGAAGAAGUGGUGUGGGACAAGCAAGUGACGAACGGCGGGGGCGCAGCCCUGCUGGCGGAGCACAACGGUGCGGCCAUCACGGGGUCGCCGAGGAGGCCGGAGUCGCGGGGCGAAGACCUGCAGUGCGGUCUGGGAAUGUGCACUCCCGGCUGGCUCCAGGUGUUCGCCUCCAAGCAGGCGUUCCUGGUCACAUUCUGCGUCACCUGGGUGCUGCAGGGGAUGUACUACACGUACUUCGUCAGCGUCAUCACCACGAUAGAGAAGCUGUUUCAGCUGCAGAGCAAGACCACAGGAGUGAUCAUGAGUGCAACGGAGAUAGGUCAGAUAGGCUCCUCGCUGCUGUUGACGUACUACGGCGGCCAGGGUCACCGACCCAAGUGGAUCGCCUGUGGGAUGGUUCUGUUCGCCGUCGCAUCCUUCACCUGCUCCCUGCCACACUUCAUCUUCGGCGAACAGCUGAUGCAGAGUAGAGAGACGAUGUUCAACAGCAUCACCCAGACGCCUAACUCCACCGUGAUGAGGCCCGACGUCUGCCACGCCGCGGAGUUGUUCUCCCUCAACACUCCGGCGUUGGAGGAGUGUAGAGAGGAGGCGAUGCAGGAGCAGAAUGCGCAGACGAAGACGACGAAGAAGGUGCUGGUGAUAUUCUUCGUGAGUUUGUUAGGCGUGGGGAUGGGACAGACCGCUGUGUACACACUAGGGAUCCCCUACAUAGACGACAACGUGGCUGGUAGAGAGUCGCCGUUGUACUUCGCAAUCACUAUCGGAGUGCGGAUAUUGGGACCAGCGCUAGGGUUCAUCCUAGGGUCUCUGUGCACCCUGUUGUACGUCGACCUCUCCGUGGACCCUCCAGUGACUCCCAAGGACCCUCGAUGGGUCGGCGCUUGGUGGUUGGGUCUCGUGUGCAUCUCCGCGCUUCUGAUGCUCGCGUCCUUAGCCAUGUUUGCGUUUCCUAAAAGACUGAGUACUUGUAGAGUCGUCGCUCCUUCUGUGAAGAAGCGCGAACGCAAGAACCCCAGCCUCAGAGACUUUCCGAAAGCCAUCAAGAGGUUGCUGAAGAACGACAUCCUCAUGUUUCGCACGGCCAGUAGUGUGCUGCACAUUCUGCCCAUCGCAGGGCUCUACACGUUCUUGCCCAAGUACCUAGAGUCGCAGUUCAGGCAGACAGCCCAUACUGCCAACAUGGUCUCCGGCAUUGGAGGCAUCCUGGUGAUGGGUCUGGGCAUUAUCAUGUCAGGAGUAUUCAUCCUUAGAGUCAAGCCCAAUGCAAGGUUUGUGGCCGCUUGGAUUGCCUUUACUGCCGUUGUCUACGCAAUAGGAAUGGGGAUCCUGAUGACUAUUGGAUGUCCAAUGGAUGACUUUGCGGGUCUGAAAAUAGGCGAAGGUUUCAAUGCAGCCAAGUUUGAGCCUCCCUGCAAGUUGGAUUGUAACUGCAACAUGGUGAAGUUUAACCCAGUGUGUGGCUCGGAUAGGCUCACCUACUACUCCCCUUGUCAUGCAGGCUGUCAUAACUAUACACUCAGCAAAGACUCGUCUAUUGUAGAGCAGUUCACAGAAUGCUCUUGUAUGGGGUCUGAUGAACAAGUAACGGAGCGCAUUGGUGUGUGUGAGAGUGACUGCAACAACUUCACUCUGUACAUCGUCUUAUUCUCCGUCUUUGUCUUUGUCCACUCGACUUCCGAAGUUGGCAGCAUGCUUCUCAUUCUCCGCUGUGUUGAUCCCAAAGACAAAGCAAUGGCGUUGGGUCUCAUUCAGUUUGCUAUCGGCCUUUUUGGUAACGUGCCUUGCCCUAUCAUCUACGGAGCGUUGGUGGACUCUGCUUGUUUACUGUGGGACACAGUGUGUGGCAAACAAGGUGCUUGUAGACUCUACGACACAAAGAUGUUCCGGUUGUUCUUUCAUGGUACAACUGGGGCUCUAAUGUUGUGUGCGUUCUUUGUCGACAUCAUCGUCUGGUACAAAGCUGGCAGCAUCAACUUCGUAGACGAGCAGACGACUGCUCAGGAUGAAGAACUCAACCCUAUGACGGGGAAGUCAAGAUCGGAAACGAGCGUUUGAUUAAAGCAUCAAGUCCCUAGGGACAUCAGUUACCAAGUUCAGGGAGAGUGCCAUGCUACCUCACAACCCUAGGGCAUCAUAGUUCCUCCCUCACUACCCACCAUUACUCUGCAGCCCCAUUCCCCUUAUGAGGGUUCAAGGGUCAUCUCAACCUUCAACCUUCAGGAGUCUCCAGUCAUCAGUGAACUGCGGACUUUAAUCUUUUAACAAAGGCUUUAAGGAAAACUUGUAAAGUUUACAUUAUAAGUUGAUUAAUUCAAAAUGAAUUGAGGAAUAGUUUCUUGAGGAGCUAGGCUUUUUUUGUAUUUGAUGUAUAUUUUAUUUUUAUACCUUUUUUGCAAAAGAUUAUUCACUAAGUUUUAAAAACUAGUGUUGAUACAUUUUAAUGAUAAAGAAUUUAAUUUCUUUAAUUUUUAAUGAUAGAU